AUGCGGCGGCUGCGCACAGAAAUAUAUAUUGGCGAAGCAGGAAGAAAAAUAAGUACACGAAUCAAGGAACAUGAGAGGCUCUGCAGAAAAAUGGAUAAUGAAAGAUCAGAACUAGCGGAUCACAUCGCACGGACUGGACACGAGAUCAAUUGGAAGGCAACAGAAAGGAAAACUCGGUACGUUGACAAUACACGAAAGUGGAAGAUUAGGGAGGCCAUUGGCAUGCUUGGGGAGAAAAAUCUAAUGAACAGAAGAUUGGAGGAAGGUAGAGUUAGCGAUAACUUUGCCUACUGCCUAAGCAAACUCGGGGAAAAGAAGAAUAGAGCAAGACCAGCAAAAAUGAGACGCCUGGAUCAAGGAUCUACCGCUAACCGGAGGAAAAGGGAUCGCUCCAGUCGAGACCGAGUAGUCGGGUCUGGUGUGGCGCUUAGGAGCACAUUCGAGAGACACUUUUGGUCUCGACAGACCGGCUGUCCGAGCCGGUUAUGGCCGCUCAUGGUGCACCAUUUGUUGAAUUUCGCUCCAUUUUUAUUUGCAUCAAUGCGUCUUUCGCUACCUGCUCUCCCUAACGCUUAUCCCGAAGGACAAUCGCGAGUGACUUUUUCUUCAGGACCCCAACUACAUGGGCCUCGACACCAAUUUGCUCUUACAAGUCUUUAUGUGGUACAGUUGUGGCUCUUCACUUUUUCCCCAAAUGAUGCACGUCUGUUUGUAGAAGCGGCCUCUUUUUUCAACCAUGCCAUCGUCGGGUGGCGGCAGAGUCGUUGCUGCUCCACUCUGGGCUCAAAGUUGGCAUUCUUCGCUGCUCUUCUGGCCCACUAUCGCUCGCGCCGAUCUCCGGCCUCGUACGAGGCCUUCAAUUCGCCUCUCCGUUUCCCACAAACCCCGGCAACGAGCACUCAUCGUCAUGACGACCAGUUGCUCUUGGCGAGAGGCUGGCUGGUUUGA